AAUACCUGAAUGUGAAUCUGAUCUGGGAGGAGUCAGCGUGUGACUAAAGCUUCCUCAGACAAGGAGCAGUAUUUAAACCACUGCACACAUUGUUCGCCACAUGAGCUGCAUCAGCAAAGAUGAACAGGACACUGAACAGCACAAGCCAGACCGUCAGUAACCUGACGCCGCUGCAGCUCGAGGAGCAGUUUCGGUGCUGCAUCUGUCUGGAGAUCUACACCAACCCCGUCUCCAUCCCGUGCGGACACAACGCCUGCCUGGACUGCAUCGAGGACUACUGGGACACCAAAAACAAGCCGGACUGCCCGCUGUGCAAAGAGGUGUUCCCGCAGCGGCCAGAGCCCCGCAUCAACCACACGUUCGCUGAUAUCAUUGACAUAUUGAAGAGAUCUAUAUCCACGCCAGCAGAGGGAGGGGAUGCCGCCGCCGCCGCGCCGCCGGGCGGCUGGGCGCCGCGGCGGGUCCAGAGCGCCGAGGCGCCGGCCUGCGACGUCUGCGGCGACGGCGCCGCGGCGCCGUGCGUCAAGUCCUGCCUCGUCUGUCAGGCCUCGUACUGCGACCUGCACCUGUGGCCCCACCUGAGGGACCCGGAGCUGCAGCGGCACCGCCUGACGGAGCCCGCCACCUUCCCCAGCAGCCACCUGUGCAGGAAGCACGGCGAGCCCCUCACCAUGUUCUGCAAGAACGACCGCGCGCCCGUGUGCGGGAAGUGCAGCAGGCGGGAGCACAAGCAGCACAAGGUCGUCGUCAUGGAGAAGGAGAGCAACAAGGUCAAGGCGAUUGUGAGGGAGAAGAAUGUUCACGUUCAGAAGAUGAUCCAGACCAGACUGAAAAAAAUAGAGGAGAUAGAAAAGUCAGUGGAUCUGGGCAAAAAAAUCACACAGAGAGAGAUUGAGAACAGUUCCCAGGUCUGCACCCUGCUGAUAAGCACCAUCCAGAGGCACCGGGCGGAGCUGGUGCAGGAGCUGGAGCGGCGGCAGGAGGAGGCCGAGGAGCGGGCCGACGAGCUGCUCGGCGACCUGAGGCAGGAGGUCAACGCGCUGCAGGCGAGCGACGGCGAGCUGCAGCUGCUGGAGCAGGCGCAGGACCCGCUGCACGUGCUGCAGAGCUUCCCGUCUCUCAGCGCGCUGCCACCGGACAGGGACUGGGCCGGGGUGGCGGUGCACGCCGACCGCUGCGUGGGCGCGCUGCGCGGAGCCGUGUCCGCGCUCGUGGGCGUCUGUCGGGCGGCUGAAAAGCAGCUGUGUGCGGAAGAGGCAAACAAGCUGAAUCAGUAUGCAGUUCAUGUCACCCUGGAUCCCAACACUGCGUCCGACUGGCUGGCCGUGUCCGCGGACGGAAAAAAGGUCAGCUGCCAGAAGAAGAGAACCCCGCUCCCAAGCAGCCCUCUCAGGUUCGACUCCUGCGUCUGUGUCCUGGGGAAACAACGCUUCACGUCCGGAAGGCGCUUCUGGGUGGUGCAGGUGGGGGAUAAAACGGACUGGGACCUGGGCGUCGCCAGAGAGUCCAUCAACAGGAAGGGGCUCAUCACGGUGCGUCCCGACAGCGGCUACUGGGCCAUCUGCCGACGCAAAGGCGGCAGCCUGUCUGCCUGCACCGGCCCCUCCACCCCCCUCCACCUCCACGAGACCCCCCACAAAGUGGGCAUCUUCCUGGACUACGACGAGGGCUCCGUGUCCUUCUACGACGCCGAGGCCAAGACCCACAUUUACACGUACAGCGGCUGUGGCUUCAGCGGGCCCCUCUGCCCCUACUUCAACCCCUGCGUUCAGGACAGCGGGAAGAACGCGGCUCCGCUGGUUAUUUGCCCUGUUGAAGUCUGAAGGGUCCAGGAAAUAGGAAAAGAUCCUAAAACCAACUGAAAGAAAAUGAUUUUCAUUCUUUUUUAAGAAAUGUUCUUGAAAUGGGUCUUGAAUUUUUUACUAUACUAGUAUUUGCACCAUAUUGGCCUGUGACAGGCUGUUUAUAUUAAUGAACAUGAACACUACUAUAAUCUUAUAUAUAGUUUUGUAUAUAUAUAAGUCAUGUAUGAUAGCAUGAAGGAUUUUUACUUGUUUGUAAAAACUGUGAAACUGAAAAUAAAAACAGUGUUGAAAUUUAA